CCCGUGAUUUCGGUGCCGCCGCCCAACGGUUGGCUCGCCGCGCGCAUGCAGCAGAAUGGCUCGAGCGGUCCCAACGGUUCUAACGGGUCUAACGGUUCUUCUGAGGGGAGCGGCGGUGGCAGGGAGCGGCAGGAGCGGCAGGAGCGGCAGGAGCGGCAGCAGGCUCCGUCAUUCAGCCCGCUGCCCGCCGCCACUACUCGGGUGAGGCGCUUCAUCCAGGAGAGGCGGGCGCUGCCUCUACCCAGGGUGACGGUGGUUUUCUCGGCCGCGGGGGACACCGAGAAACCUGGCGAUGCCAUGUCCGGCAGCUCUGGCUCCACUACGGCUGCCGAGGCCGAGUUCAGAAAACCGGCCUCCCCGACGCCGAGCUUCGCCCUCAGCAAGACGCUCCGCUCCGCGUUCAACACACCGGAGCAGGAGUUCCCAGAGGUCAUCUCUCUGAACGUCGGGGGCACGUACUUCACGACCCGCCUGUCCACGCUGCGGCGGCACGAGGACACCAUGUUGGCCGCCAUGUUCAGCGGACGCCACUACAUCCCUCGAGAUGUUGAGGGACGAUACUUCAUAGAUCGGGACGGAACAUACUUUGGGGACAUCUUGAACUUCCUGCGGGAGGGGGAGCUGCCCCACAGAGAGCGGGUGCGGGCGGUGCACAAAGAGGCGCAGUACUACGCCCUCGGCCCGCUGCUCGACAGCCUGGAGGAGACGCAGCCGCUCACAGGGGAGAGGGUUCGACAAGCCUUCCUGGACCUGAUGCCCUACUACAGAGACAAUCUGGAGCGCAUAGUGGAGAUCGCCAAACUGAGGGCCAUGCAGAAGAAAGCUCGUUUUGCCAAGUUGAAGAUCUGCGUGUACAAAGAGGAGAUGCCCAUCACGCCGUACGAGCGUCCGCUGUUUAACUCUCUGCGUUUCGAGCGCUCGGACAGCGAGGCCAAGCUGUUCGAGCAUCACUGCGAGGUGGACGUUUCCUUCGGGCCCUGGGAGGCGGUGGCGGACGUUUACGACCUGCUGCACUGCAUCGUGAGCGACCUGUCGGAGCGCGGCAUCACGGCGGAGCAGCAGUGCAUCGGCGUCUGUGACAAACACCUGAUCAACCACUACUACUGCAAGAGGCCCAUCUACGAGUUCAAGAUCACGUGGUGGUGAGGCUGCAGCGACUCAGAGCGCGGAUGGGACCAAAGGGCAACAAGGGAGGAUGUUCAAUUUUUACUAUGACUCGGCCGAUAUUGGUUUUUGUAUUGAAGUCGCCAAUAUUUUGUGCUGAUAUCUUAAAAUGUGACCCUUUUUAAAACCAACAUGUAAGUAUUCCCCAAAAAUAUUCUAAUUUAUUAUUUAUCAAAGUGAAGAAAACAAACAAUCUCAGUUUUUAUUUAUUAUGACACCUAGCUAUUAUUAAUGUGGUCUUAUACAACAAUCCUGACUUAGAUCAUGAAUCAAGAACUGAUAAAGUUACCUUCAUAAAGAAGGAGUUAUUGCAAGACCGUAGUUUUGAUAUCACCAAUAUUUUGAGCUGAUAUCCGUAAAAUGUGAGCCUUUUGAAAACCAACAUGUAAGUAUUCUGCGCUUAAUCAAAACAUAUUCUAAUUUAUUAUGAAGAAAGAAGUGAAGAAGUGAAGAAAACAAACAAUCUCAGUUGUAAUUUAUUAUGACACCUAGUUAUUAUUAAGUAAGCGGGAUAAAGUGCAGCG